AGAAAAGGGGUCACGCGAAGGGGAUGGCUCAGGAAAUGGAGAAGCUAGGAGGGACCAGCGAGGAGGCGGACGAGGAGAUGGAUAUGGAGGUGAAGGAGGAGGACGAGGAGGAGGAGGAGGAGGAGGAGGGGGCGAGCGGCAGCGGCGGAGCGGUGGUGAUGGGGCUGGCGGCGCCGGCGGCGGGGGAGGACAUGGGAGGCCGGUACUUCGAGCAACCAGGGGGAAUCGACGGAGGCGGGGGGGACGGGCUGAUGCAGGGGGUGGUGAUGAGGCGACCUCGGCCAAAGGAGGAGAAGGAGCGGACGAAGAUGAGGGAGCGGCACCGGCGGGCGAUCACGGCGAGGAUCCUGUCAGGGCUCCGGAGGCACGGGAGCUACAACCUCCGGGCGCGGGCGGACAUCAACGAGGUCAUCGGCGCCCUCGCCAGGGAGGCCGGUUGGGCGGUGCUCCCCGACGGCACCACCUUCCCCUCCCGCUCCUCCGCCUCCUCCUCUCCCCAGGCCCCACCGGCGACGUCGUCCGUCGCGCCAGCUCAGAUCCAGCCGCUUCGGGGGGUCUCCCCCGGGGGGCUCGGCUCCGUGGAGUACAGCCCCCUGAAGGGCGUCUUCACGCCCGCCGCCACUUCCUACGACGGCCGGUGCCGGACGUCAGUCAUGGUGGGAGGCCACAGGGAGAGAAUGCUCGACAGCUCCCCCCUUGCUGCCAGCUGCACCGAUGGAGUCGACGGCAAGCAGGUGACUGAUAUACCUUCAACUCAUAGAAUGCCAGAGCAUGAUUUUGCAGGCACCCCCUAUGUUCCAGUAUAUGUGAUGCUCCCUCUUGGUGUUAUCAACAUGAAGUGUGAGUUGGCUGAUCCAGAGAGUCUAAUAAAGCAGUUGAGAAUAUUAAAAUCUGUCAAUGUUGAUGGUGUCAUGGUUGAUUGCUGGUGGGGAAUAGUGGAAGCGCAUACACCACAAGAAUACUGUUGGCAUGGUUAUAAGAGGCUUUUUCAGACUGUACGCGAACUGAAGCUUAAACUGCAGGUGGUCAUGUCAUUUCAUGAAUGUGGUGGCAAUAUUGGUGAUGAUGUAUGUAUUCCUUUGCCACAUUGGGUAGCAGAAAUUGGUAGAAGCAAUCCAGAGAUUUUUUUCACAGAUAGAGAGGGAAGACAAAAUCCUGAAUGCCUUUCAUGGGGGAUCGACAAGGAAAGGGUAUUAAGAGGCAGAACAGCACUUGAGGUCUACUUUGACUACAUGAGAGGCUUUCGAGUGGAGUUUGAUGAAUUUUUUGAAGAUGGUAUUAUCUCUGAGAUUGAAGUUGGAUUAGGUCCCUCUGGGGAGCUACGUUAUCCAUCUUACCCGGUAAAGUAUGGUUGGAGAUAUCCUGGCAUCGGAGAAUUCCAGUGUUAUGAUCUGUAUCUCAUGAAGAGUCUGAGAAAGGCAGCAGAAGCAAGGGGGCACUCUUUUUGGGCAAGAGGACCGGAUAAUGCAGGCUCUUAUAAUUCACAGCCACAUGAAACUGGAUUCUUUUGUGGUGGAGGAGAUUAUAAUAGCUAUUACGGUAGAUUCUUCCUUAAUUGGUACUCUCAGGUCUUGGUUGAUCAUGCUGAUCGUGUACUAUCCCUGGCCAAAUUAGCUUUUGAGGGCACAUGCAUUGCUGCUAAGGUAUCAGGUAUCCAUUGGUGGUACAAAACAGCUAGCCAUGCGGCUGAACUGACUGCUGGGUUUUACAACCCUUGCAAUCGUGAUGGCUAUGCUUCAAUUGCAUCGAUGUUGAAGAGGCAUGGUGCUGCUUUAAAGUUUACAUGUGCCGAGUUGCGGACUUUGGAUCAACAUGAGGAAUUCCCAGAGGCAUUAGCAGAUCCAGAAGGUUUGGUCUGGCAGGUGUUGAAUGCUGCUUGGGAUGUUUGUAUACCAGUGGCUAGUGAAAAUUCUCUUCCCUGCCACGAUAGGUCUGGAUACAACAAAAUUCUGGAGAAUUCCAAGCCAAUGAGUGAUCCAGAUGGAAGACACUUGGCAACAUUUACUUACCUCAGGCUAAGUCCAGAUCUCAUGGAGAGUCACAACUUCCUAGAAUUUGAGCGCUUUGUCAAAAGAAUGCAUGGUGAAGCAGUUCUUGAUCUCCAGUCAUAGAAGAGAAGAGUCAUUCAUGACUCUAGUAUUGUCUCUAGUGUCGAAUCUCUCUUCGCCUAGAAGGACAGUGGCUUCUUUGCAGGUGCAGGAGAAACAUUCUCUACUAAAAACUAAAAGGCUAACCCUUCUGUACAGAAACUCCACAAAGAAAUAGCAAAUCUGACCUUUUAAUCUUUCCCCUUCAUUGAUCAAAUAGAUCAAGAUGCAUUGUGAUUGCCACAAAAUAGUCUAGUCAAAUUCUUGGUAAAAUAUUGUAAAGUUCUUGCGGUAACCCUUUUCAGAGUAACUUCAUCCCGACAUCCUUUCAUUGCUUUGCCCCUUCAGAGUUUUGUGCUGCAAGCUAAUGGCUGCCUGCACAUGGAUACACAUUCUACAGGUUAUUAUUACGGUUUUGCAGAACAGCUGAUUUUUUAUUACGAAGUGAGCAAGAACUUCUCUGCCUAUUUGCAGAUGCUUGCAUUUCUCUUCCAUUUUUCCGAGUGGAAAGCUAACUGAUGGUUGGGGAGAAGGUCUUUUAAUCUUAUUUAAUUGCACCUUGUAUGCAUUUGCAACUGAGGUUAUACAGCAAUUCCAGCAUGGGCAGUAGAGAUCUGUAGUUUGCUGCAGAAACCAAAAUGUCUCUUUGGACAAUGUAAAAACUAAACCCAUACCAUCUGUGAACUCUGGCCACCUGUUUCUGGGUUUCCUUGUAACUUUGCAGAUAAAAAUGCCAUGAUCUAUAAUCUUGAUUGAA